AUGGGCAAAAGCGUCGUCGUCACCUACUUCGACCCAGCAACCAACGGCACAACCGAAAUCGGCGUCGUCGUUUGGCACGACCUGCCCGUGGUGAGAGACUACUUCGCCCGCUUCGAUAUCCCCUUGGUCAAGGCGAGCUUCGCCACACCAGGAGUCUCGACAAUCCACGCAGAUCUUCGCUCGGGCGAUAUCGUGGACGACUACAAACCCGCGAGUCCGAAUGCCGCCCUUGCCGCAUAUGCCGUGCAGCUUGCGAAGUAUCCGUUCCUUGAGGUCGGCUUCGACGUCCCCUAUCCAGUGCCGCCAGACCUCCUGCUCCCCUUUGGUGAGUUCGUGGAGAAGUACGCGAUCGAUGCGGCGAUGCAUACCGUCUUCGGCUACGCACAAGGCAUAGGAGAUCUCCUUCCGAUACCGACCAUCUACGUGAUGAAGCUCUUCGGGCUGGACGUGCUGCGAAACCUACGAGUCGGGUUCCUGACCACUGAAAGGCACAACAACGGGGAACUAUACGAGAAAGCGCAUCUCGAACUUGGCGACGACGCACUGCCGAGUAGCGAGGUCGUCAAAACAGACCGCGACGCAAAGGGCUACGCCACAGUAUUCGUAAAAUCCCCCUCUGGUCCAAAACUCAUCAAAGCCUCAACCCUCCUCGUCACAAUCCCCCCCAAACCAAAGAACCUCCGCAGCCUCGACCUCGACUCCACCGAGCGCUCCCUCUUCAGCCAGUUCACGCACGCAGGCUACUACAGCGCCCUCCUCUGCAAAACCGGCAUACCCGACACCGCCCGAAUCAGGAACAUCGGCGCGCAUACAGCGUACAACCUGCCCAUUCUGCCUGGGGUUUACUACUUCGCACCAACCGGCAUACCGGGUCUGCACGCCGUCAAGUACGGCAGUCCCGUAGAGAUGUCCGACGAGCAAGUGAAAGCGGACAUGAUUGCGACGCUUGAGCGGCUGAAGACAGCGGGGACGGUGCCGAGCGCGACGCCGGAGAGGGCGGAGUUUGUGGUGUUCAGGAGCUAUGCGCCGUUUGAGCUGCGCGUUCCGGCUGGCGCGAUUGAAGCAGGGUUCUACAAGGAGUUGUAUAAGCUGCAGGGGCGCAGGAGGACUUUUUAUACCGGCGCCGCGUUUCACGCACAUGAUUCCUCGUUGUUGUGGCUGUUUACGGAGGCGCUGUUGGCUCGCAUAGUUGCGUAG